UACUGUCAUGCACAAAAGCAUGCUAAUCUGCUUGCUCUGUUGUCUUGCUUUCUCUAACUCAAUAUAUGGUGGUGAGGGAAAAAAGAAAAGAUACUGUUCUGCAUAAUGAUAGUUUACCUGCUGAAGGUACGCAGUGUGACUCAAGCUAGGCCCUGAAACUGAAGUUGAAAAUCUCUUGUGAAGUACCUGUAGUUGAGUACAAGAAAAUUAUUUAUGCCUGAAAUCGGUUUGCAAAUAUCAAAACUAGCAAAAAAGGAUACAAAUAAAUGAGUAAUUGGAAAUACCAACCUGACUUUCUAUAUGCUAGAUUAAUAAAAGUGCUUCAGUAACACCAGGAGGUUUUAAAUGAGUUAAAUAACCCUUACAAAAUCUAGUCAGCUGUUAAUUUCCUAAAAGGGUACACAGACAGUUAUGUGCUGAUUCUUACUCCUUUAUCGUUUUAUCAAAGGGUACCUUGCUUAGGCUGUUUUAUUUCAGGAAAUGUGCAGAGCUUUUUUUGAAUACUUCCUCUGUAAUACAAAGUGCAUUAUACUGAGUAUAAUAACCUCCAAAGAUAAGUGAAUUAAAAGGAUAAAGCGUCAUGUUUUAUGUAACUAUAAUCAUACUCCAUUUAAUGACUGGCUUUAGUGCUAUAAUUAUGUUCUUAUUUACAGAAGAGUCUACAGCUGUAGAGAAGAAGAGGAAGCCUCUUUCCAGACUGAAUAUUCAUUCUGCAUUCUGGAUUUUGGCAUCGAUUGCUGUGACAUACUACUUUGAUUUUUUAAAAACUAUUAAAGAAACUAUUCAAGCAGAUAGCUGGUGGUUUGCCUCUGGCAGUUGUUUAUUGGCUGUGUGUUUAUCUGUAGCCUUUUACUGCAUACUUUAUCUUGAGUGGUACUGUGGAAUUCAGGACUACGAUGCACGGUAUCCAGCACUGAUACCUGUCACAACAGCUACCUUCCUUGCAGCAGCAAUUUGUUUCAACAUUGCUUUGUGGCCUGUCUGGUCGUUUAUGACACCUUUGUUGCUCUUCAUUCAGUUUAUGGGUGUUGUGAUGCUUGUGUCACUCCUGGGAUAAGCCCUUCAGAAUAUUGACAUUUUAUGGCAUGUAGAGCAACUGGAGAACAUGCAAGUAUCCUAGAGGGAAGAAUACCCUUUUUCUCUUCUCUAAGAUUCCAUUCUAACAGUGAAAAAAAGUAAUUAGUGAGAAUGGAUGGGUUUGGGAGUACAGGCCAAAUAUCUGCAGCUUUUACCCCGACUGGGAGAACUUCUUAGUGAAGUUGCUUGACCUGAUAGUAAAGGGGAGAAGCUAUUAACAUCCAUAUGCAAUCGUCUUCUCUAUUUUUAUUUUUUUUAAGUUCAAAUUCUUUGUCUUAUCUUUGUCUUUAAGUAUGCUGUUUUCAUUUUCUGUGAUGAGCAGUCCAGAUCAACUUGCUAUCUGGAAAACUGCCAGAUAUCAGUUCUUUGUUCUUCCUAAAAAACAACCUUUCAAAGGCAAAACCAGAUAGUUUGUUGACUUGAAAAAUUAAUUUUCAAUAACCGACAUGUUGAAAAGGGGUUCUUGCAUUUUUUUUGUUAGGGUAUCCUAUUCAAAUGAACCCUCAGAAAUUGAUGUCUUCCUUAAGCUUUUUCAAAGACUGCUCAGUAAAUAUGGUAAGGGAUGUCCCCUGUAUCACAGGCAUCUACAUCAUCCAGUGAAGCAACUCCCUCAGCACGUCUUGUUUGCUGUACUGCUCAAGGGAGCGUGGGAAGCCUGUUUGGUUUUGCUUGCCAUCACAAAUCCUUCCCAGCGAGGAAGUCCCCCCAACAUUUUUAUGAGUGCAGCAAGAAGAAUGUGACUGUGCUGGACUUUGAGUGUAGCUUCUUGUAAGUGCCAGAGUUGUAGGCAAAAAUUAUUUAAUGGCUGGGACAGUGAAACACAGCUUUUGUUUGCAUAAACAAACUGAAACUAGCGUUGCAUUUUUUCCCUAUUUUCUAGAUACCAAGAAACCUGAUUUUUUUAAAGGAGGUAAUCAACUUAAGUCACACUCUGAAAACACCUAUAGACUUCUGAAAAAUACAAUACUUACUUCAGAACCUUUUUACAGUAUUAUGGGAGCUUCAGUCAAUGAAAACUUCUUCAAAUCAUGUUUGUUCAUUCUAUCAUUAGCUAUGUUGCAUCUGAGCACUGGAAGGAUGUGGGGAAAGGAUGCAUUUCAGUAUGUUGGAGCUGAUCAUAUUAACAGACUAAAACAACCGUUCUGUGUUAAUUUGUACUUGGCAAGUAAGAAGUACAAGUGAAUUACAGAUAUCCCGAACAGCUGAACCUUGUGAAAACAUUCUGGUUUUCUAUAUGAACAGCCAACAAAAUUCUGUUAGUGGAUUUUAUUAAUUAUGUAUUAGGCCAGAUAAUUAUUGGCCUAAUAAUUAGGGCCAAAUUAUUACUUGGUGAUGCAAAAUCAUUAACUAAUCAGUAUCAAAUUAGUACAAGAUACAGCUUGUGCAGUAUAUAAAACCUUACAGCUUUUUUGUUAAUGCUGGAUUUUUCAGCCUCACGUGAAGGACUCAAGUGACUGUUAUCCUCGGAAGUGGAUGUCACUUUUGUUACAUUCCUGUACUUUAUUAUUUCUAAUACUGCUUGUUUACUCUGAUACCGUAAUUCUUAGACUACCUGAUUUAUAAAUCAAGUGGACAUAACCAUGGGUCAGCCAGUGGCUGGGAAAAAGUACCUGAUUAGUGAAUAAUUGAAAGAUAGAUAGGUUUUACCCUUCUUAGUAACAUGAAGCAUUUCGUCACUGCUUUGUAAAGCUUUUAUUCAUAUUUCAAUAUUAAGCAGAUGGGUGAUAGUCAGCUACAUAGUCCUAAAUCCUGUCUGGGGACUCCAGAGGUCACCUAGUCCAACGUCCUGCUCAAAGCAGGUUGUUCGGUUUGAAAGUAAUUGAUACUUAAAUUCAAGUGUUGUGUGUUUUUAAUACUAUAUUCUUCCCAUUUGAAUUGACAGCUAAAAUACUGUUAUCUGGAAUCUGUGUUUGUACUUGUAAACUUACACAUAGAUGACACAGGAGACAUUUCUUGAUCUAUUAAAUUUCUAAUGUUAUGUGUGGUAUCAAGUAGGAAAUACUUAACAGAUCUGAAGUCAAGACAUUAGGUAAUUAAGUGUUUGAAAAAAUAUAUGGAUCAGGGUAAGGGCCUAGAAAGCUGGUUGAGGUUUACAUCGUUGUUAAUUUGGCAGCACCAUCAGUGAAAUAAAUAAAGUCUGCUUGUGCCAAUAUAGUUUGUCCAUGGCCAAAGACAGAUGAUCAAGCUGUGAAUAACAAUAACAUGAACAAAAUUAUUGAAUAACAAUAUGAACAAUAUUAACACUACACAAGAAAUUGAAGAGCACAAAGUAAAUUCUUUUGAUGUAUGCACUAUUUUUCAGUAUUCAGGAUGUUAUUCUUCUGUAAAUUAACUUUUAGUUCUCAGCAGUGCCUGUUAAUGAAGUUGCCAUCUUUCUUCCUCAGCAGUAGAGAGGCUGAUAUUAACUUAAAUGCCAUUAGGCAUAUGCAGUUGGGAAAACAAAAUAACUUCGUCUGUCUGUCCACUUUGGCUGAGAUACUUGAGUAUCUGGAAAUCUGUGCGCCGUUUAGUUGCUAGACCAUUUUAUAUAGAUCCUUGUGUUAAAUACGUUCACACCCAGACCUUUUGGAAGAUAGGAGAAUGUAGAAGCUGGGUAUUGAAACUUGUUAAAAUUUACUCCAUGUGACUGUUGCUUCAAGCCUGGGCUGUUAGAGGAGGCUGUGUUCUUCAUUCUGACAUUCAAAUUCACACCAUUGCUGAAUACACAGUACAUGGAAUGUUUAGGAAUGAAAAAGACAGAUUGUCUUAAGCCACUACUGUUUCAUUAAGGAAAAAAGUUGCUGUCGGUAUACAAUACAAGGGAUUGGUCAAACCAAAAUAAAACACAUUUAGCAUUACUGUUAAGUAGCUUGUAGAGUAAGUUAACAGCUCAAUUUAAGUAAUAUUUAAGUUUUCCAAAAUCAGUUGUACUUCAUAUCUUUAAAGGGCAAGUUGCUUAUCUUCAGGUCUUCAUCUUUUAACAAAUGUUAACAAUUUUAUGUCUGUAUACACAGCUGCAUUUGAGUAAGUUUGUUUAUUACGGUAUUUAAAAUGCACUGUUGCUCAGGGAUGGUAAUUAUCACUGUAUUUUUAUUUGUCAACUAUAUAAAUGCUCUGGGUGUUUUAAGUUGCCUUGUACUCUUGAAUUAAAAUUACUAU